UAUGGGCAAGAAUUAUAGAAAUAGAUCAAAGACUUCAGAUACACCAAGAAAGCCUUUUGAAAAGGAACGUCUUGACAAUGAGUAAUUUUAAUAAUCAUUUAAUUUUAGAUUGCAAAUUAUUGGUAAAUAUGGAUUAAAGAACAAAAGAGAAGUGUGGAGAGUCUAACUUACAUUAGCUAGAAUUAGAAAGGCUGCAAGAGAAUUGUUGACUCUUGAUCCAAAAGAUCCAAGAAGAUUAUUUGAAGGAGAAGCAUUAAUCAGAAGAAUGGUUAGAUUUGGUUUGUUAUCUGAAUAAGAGAGAAAGUUGGAUUAUGUACUUGGUUUAACAACAUAAAAAAUGAUGGAAAGAAGACUUUAAACCUUUGUAUUCAAAAGUAAUCAAGCAUCAUCAAUUCAUCAUGCUAGAACAUUAAUUAGAUAGCGACACUUUAGGUAUUUAAUAUAAUUUAUUUAUUAUUAGAGUAGGAAAGAGAUUAGUCAAUUCUCCAUCCUUUUUAGUAAGAGUAGAAUCAGAAAAAUUGGUUGAUUUUGCUGUCACAUCACCAUUUGGUUAAGGUAGAGAAGGAAGAAGAAAGAGAAAGAAUGCUAAGAGAGUAAAGCCAAACAAAGAAGAAUGAA